AUGUCAGAUGAACAUGUGGUGGACUGCAACAUACACUCAUUGCAUAGCCACACUAUAGGACAAUCACUGAAGAGGUUGAAACAACAAGAAGAGGCAUUUGGUAAGGCCUUGUGGCAUCAGGUGACCACUGUUGUAAUUUUGCGGAAGAACAUGAGACAGAAAUCACAAACUGCAGAGGAUGCUAAAUUCUGCACUGCAUUGGAAAACAUGAGGUACAGAGCCUGCACCCUUGAAGACGUACAAUUCUUGAGAGGCAGAGUAUCUACAAAUAUUGAGGGCAGACCUUCUGUGUGCAACCCUAACUUUAGAAAUGUAUCAAUUAUCACUGCCAGGCAUGUCAACAAAGAUGCUAUCAAUGUGCUAGGUGAACAGCGGUUCGCUGCGGAGCACAAUCUUAAGUUGACCAUGUUCUACUGUGAAGAUACAGUGGCACCAAUUGCAGAUUUUGAUGAGGUGAGGGGCAAGAAGCGAGCCACAAAGGUGCAGCUGGAAGAAGGUGUUCAGCGCAUUCUUUGGGAACAACCUGCUUGUUCCGUUGAGAAAAAAAUUCCAGCCAAGCUGAAUCUGUGCAAAGGUCUGCCUGUCAUGUUGAGAGACAACAGUGCAACCGAACUGUGUAUGACAAAUGGUCAGGAAGGAUUUGUAUAUGACUGGGUGGCUGCAGUUGGAUUAUAUGGCCAACAUGUAUUGGAUGUUCUGUUUGUCAAGUUGAAGAGUCCACCAGUUGAUGUUCAGUUCGACGGUUUGCCAGUCAAUGUGGUACCCAUUCUGAGGACUGCCUCACACACAUGGUGUGAGCUUCCUUCUGGCAAGUGGUUACAUGUCUCUAGAAGUCAAGUCGAGAUUACAGUCAACUAUGCUAUGACAGAUUUUGCUUCUCAAGGCAAGACCAGGGUUCAUAAUGUGGUGCACUUGAAUGACACUACGAGCCACCAAGGGUAUUAUACUGCUCUCUCUCGGAGCGCCACUGCAGCUGGCACCUUGAUAUUACAAGCUUUCAAUCCUGCAAUUAUAUCCGAUAAGAAGUGCUCUGGUGCUCUGCGCCAGGAGUUCCGGGACAUUGAGCUCCUUGAUGACAUAACUCGUCUACAGUUUGAAGGUAGACUUCCAGCAUCUGUGACUGGUGAAACUAGACGAACUCUGAUACAUGCAUUCAGGCAGCAUAAGUCUGACUCAUAUGUUCCCCAGCAUGUGCAUAGUGCAAUUCGCUGGAAUAGGAAGCAGCCAUAUGUUGAGCCAGAUUUCAGUAACCUGGAGUGGAGCAUAAUACCAACUCAGCAGAUGAGAAAAUUUCUUUCGGAUGACUUUGUUGAGCAGAUGAAGGAGAAAACUGAACUCUGGAAGAAUGGAGAAACUGAACCAGUUAAGGCAGAGGUGACACCAACACCCGUCGGGAAGCCUAACACUUCGCUUGGCAAAACAUUGAAACAUGGCCUACACGAGGAGUCAACAUCCAAUGCUGUUUCGAUGAAAAAAUGUGUUAAGACUACGGCAAACACAGACAAUGCAGACCACCCAGCUGCUCACCACCUUGUACCCAUUGGUUGUCAGUGGAGUGACAAUAGUUGCGCUUACGAUACCGUGAUUUCCCUUCUGUACAACAUAUGGUUGGAUAGGCCUCGGACGGUCCUCCCACUUCCUGAAUUAGCUGGUGGUCUUUUCCCUACUCUUGUCAAGUGUUUUGAGCAAGUCGAACAUAGCCAGGCAAGGCUAACUGAUGUCCGUAACUACUUGAGGCAGUACUUGUGCAUGCAGAGACCAAACAAGUUUGUGUAUGGAGAAUACGCCUCCAUAUCUGCCAUCCUAGAUGUCCUCCUCAGUGCUGACAGCAGUCAGGUUGUUUUGUCCUACAGCUGUGCGGCUGGGCACUGCAGGUCUGUGUCCUCUGGUCCUCAUGCCAGCUUCCUGGUAUCUUUGGAAAGCUCCAACAAUGACUCUGUGUCUGCAUGGUGUUCGAGUCAGGGCUCAGAGACACGUCGUUCGUGUACAGUGUGCACCGAGAGGGUAAUGGUUAAACAGAUGUACAAGUACCCACCUUACUUUGUUGUGUUCGACUUUGCUGCAGAUUCUUUACAUAUUGACCGAGAAGUUCAGUUGACUGUACUUGGAACCAAUGUACCUUACUAUCUCAAAUGUAUCAUAUACCAUGGUAGAUCUCAUUUCAUCGGUAGGUACAUUGAUGUGACCGGACGGGUUUGGGUGUACGACGGGAUGUCUAACUCAGGUAUCAUGGAAUAUGACACCAGCAGUCCAAGCUUUGAUUUGACUGAGUGCAGGCAAAUGGGUGCCAUUGCUGCUGUGUAUGUCCGAUCACCAAGAGUUCACAUUAGAUCUGGUUAA